CACAUGGAUUAGUGUGUUUACAACAGAAGUGGUCGUGGGUACAGCCGGCAUCCCCCUGCCUCCUUCCUAAAAAAGACCUGCACGGUUCGCAUUUGCGCAUUUUCUGCAAGUUGCGAGACAAUAACAGCGAUAUAGGCCUGCAUUUGUCCUUAUUUGUGCUGUAGACGGGGGUUGUUACUGCGGACAAACUGUGUGAUAUCUGUCGCAGCGUCGAGCCUCCCACCAUCUGUGGAAGUGGGACAAGGGAACAGAUGGCGCGUCCGAGCCGGGUGUGGAGGCUGCUGACGCUGACAGUUCGGACAGUGUUGGAGCUGAGCAUCAACCAUUAACACUGACAGCUUCAUUUGGAUUUUGCGGAGUAUCUUUGGCACAAAUCGGCCAUGUCUGAGUGACUCGGUUUAAGGGGUGGUGGGCACGAAGCAUCUCAGUUUAACCAAAUUGAUGCGCGACGACUCUCCCACGGACACAGGCAUCAACUUAAUCCCCUUUGACGCGUCUGUAUCUGGGUGAACAAUGGUGGACAACCGCUACGCCACCGCUCUGGUUAUCGCCUGCGUCCUGAGCGUUCUGGCCACCGUGUAUCUGUCUGUGGCCGUGGGGACGCAGCACUGGUACCAGUACAGCAGCCCCACCGUGCGCGGAGAGGCCAACGUGUCCGACCUGCGCUCCCUGUACGAGGAGUUCAUGGACGGAGAGUUUGACGAGAAAACCUACAGCGACACCUUGUUCCGCCUCAACGGCACCGUGGGCCUGUGGUGGCGCUGCGUUCUGGUUCCAUCCGGCACCCACUGGUACAAGGAGCCGGGUGCCAAGAUGGUGCUGGAGUGUCGAAGCUUCAGUCUACCUCAGCAGUUCACUCCAAAGUACAAAGAACCCGGCAACCACAACAGUGGCGAGGACCUGCUGCGUACCUACCUGUGGAGGUGCCAGUUUCUGUUGCCGCUGGUGUCUUUGGGUCUGGUUGUCUUAGCAGGUCUGACUGGGUUCUGUGCCUGUCUCUGUCGAAGCCUCACCCCCACCCUAGGUAUAGGAGUUCUUCAUCUGCUGGCUGGUCUCUGCACUUUAGCCACAGUCUGCUGUUACCUGGCAGGGAUGGACCUGCUCCAUCGAGUUUCAAUGUUACCAGACAAGGUGGACGGCUCUCUGGGCUGGUCGCUCUACUUAGCCCUCAUCUCCUCGCCGCUCCACAUGAUGGCUGCCGCUCUGUUGGUAUGGGCAGCUCGUAGCCACAGCCAGAACUACUACCGCAUGACCGCCUACCGGGUGGCGUAGCCCGAGAUUCACCUCUGGGUCUCUACCGUGUUAAUAAUACCACACUCUGACACCAAGAUGCAUUUUAUGAGACGAGAAUGAUCUCAGAGUAAUGGGAUGUGGGUUAAUCUGUACGUUUUGCUGUCUAGUGGAUUAAACUGCAUGUUGGCCCAAGUAAUGACCCUAUCUGCUGCAUUAAAAGAUUGGAUUUUUAUCUCUUUUAGGGCUACAGAAAUGGUAUGAAAAAUAUCAGCUGGAAUUAUGUGUAAAGUACUGUAUGUGUUUUGUCAAGAGUAAGAUCAGACCUCCUGAGAAGCAUUAGCAAUGUCCCAAGUUCACCAAUUCACUUCUAGUUUAGCACAUUUAUACCUAAGGUUUUCCCAAGUUUUGCCAAAUACUUUAUUGAGUAAAAAUGUACUCCUGAAAUAUAGCAUUAAAUUGUAAAACACAGGUAUUAUCCUCAUAAAAUAUUCCAAGACAUCUCUAUGCUAACAAAUUAGCUUACCUCAGAGCAGUGUUUCCCGGCCUUUUUCACUUGUAAGAAAAACUGAGCUGCUCAGCCUGCCACACAAAAAAUUGUGAUUUACUCAGGUCUUUACAAGAAAAAAA